AUGUGGGGCAUCUACAGAGGUCUUCCCAUAGUGCUCGAGAAAGGUCUUGCCAAAAUUGUCAUUGAGACUGACUCCACCAUAGCCCAAGAGAUGAUCAUAGAUGGGCCACCCCCAAACUGCCUGUAUAGAGCCAUUGUGGAAGAUGCCCGUCACUUCCUCCAGCGGUGCAAUUGUUCCAUCCAACACAUUAUGCAAGAGGCCAACCAAUGUGCGGACAAGCUCGCCAAUAUGGAUACAAAUCAAGUGGAGCAUCUGUUUGUUAUAGAGGGACCUCCACCAGAAGUUAGAAGUUUUAUUGUAGCGGAUAUGAUGGGCACAGCGUAUCAGAGGAUCUAG